UUUGUAUGCGUAGUGAAAAGCAACGUUCAUGAAACCUCACGUGCUCUUCGCGCAAUUUUAUUGGCUGCUUUGUGUAAACGAAAAUCAUCUCUCAAGACAAAACAGCGGAACUUUCUUCGUUGAGGCUUCAGUCUAGGCCCAGUAGAAUGAGUGUCAGCCUGCGUGAGAUCAGCGUUUCCUCCAAGCCCGGACACACGUUCUUUCUGAGGGUGGACUGGACGGAGGACCUGGGGGAGGGCUUCACCGUCCUGCUUUGUGAUGGCGUCUCUGCCUGGGAUGGCAAAGUGUCUGAAGGUGACAUUGUGCGGGAGUGUGAGGAGAUGGAGAUGCCGAUGGAGAAGUACCUGCAGGACCUCCAGCUGGCUCUGACUGAAGAAGGAGAGCAGGCCGAGGGCUACGCCUUCCACCUGUCCCCUGCCUCUGCCUCAGCCUCUGCCCCUGCCCGGUCCGGCAUCCUUCACCUGUCUUACGAGAAGGUGCAGAAAGACAUCUCGUUCAGGCUUGGCUCGGUUGAGCUGGGGCCUGUGGCAGAGCCCUCGGAGGUGAUUAAGGAGCUCAUUAGCCAUGGGCUGGGGCGCAGUGGCCAGCUACAGGCCAGCAACCUCCACCUGCAGGAGGAGAACCAGCAUCUGCGAGAGGAGCAGGACCACAUGACGGCAGAGAUGGAAAGGUACGUCCAUGGGAAGGAGGACCUGGAGAAGGAGCUGUACUCGCGCUUUGCCCUGGUCCUGAACGAGAAGAAGGUGAAGAUCCGGGGUCUGAUGGAGAAGAUCAGGCUGCUGGAGAAGGAUCUGGGGGGAAAAGGGCAGAGGGAGGGGUCUUCAGGAAAGGGGGAGGCUUCGAGAGAGAACGACGAUGAAGGGGGGACCGUGGCCCCAGCGGAAGAUGAGUACGGGGGGAGCACUGACGAGGAGCAGUCGCAGAGCCCCCCUCGGUCUGAGGCCCAAACAGCUCCUCUCAGAGGUCCCGAGCCUAGCCACAGCCCCAUUGAGGACAGCUUGACCGACAUCAUCGACGUCGCUCCCUGCCGCAAACGUCGCCAACGCCAUCUCCAAGAUCCGGGGUCAGAGGUCAAGAAAGCGGUUCAAGAGGUCUAUAAGAAGGAAAGCACGGAACCCACGCGAUCCAAAGCAGAGACCAAACGGAAGACGUCUCGAAGGUCCGCACCCAUCGCCACGACCAGCAAGCCUACAGAGACAGAUGACCUGUUUGAUGACUUCUAAUCACGAUCAUCACUGGGGUGCCCAGAUACCUUUUACACUACAGUGAUGUAUUUUCUACAAUUAUUUUAUAUGGACAUAAUAAAAAGUGAAUAAAGACUGUUUGGAACACUA